AUAAUUGGUAAUUUCCUUCUCAGAUGGCAAUGGGUCACAUGAGGUCACUGAUUUUGUCGUUCACAUGACAUUAAUGAGACCACGUUACCCUUUGCAACACGGGGGAGAACAGUCAGAACCUCCAUGAUCUUCCUCAGUGUGCAAUCUUUGAACCUGAGUCUGUGCCUCCUCUCACCCCCACUUUGCUGUGACCUUGCCGCCUGUCCCUGUGUGGCAUUGCCUUACAGCAGGUCAGCAAUACAUUAUCCAAGCAACACAUACAAAACACACACACAUUGUCUUUGUGACACACAUUCUGUGCAUUUUUUCACUGACACACACUCACACACACACACACACAGAAAACACAUAGGGAAAUUCACUGAGGCCUGCCCCCCACACACUCAUUCCAACUGCAGAGAGUGCUUUGUGCAUUCACUGACCGGCUGGGCAGCUAUACUGAGCAGAGAGAGAGACUGGUGGGAGGGGAAAGAUGGAGACAGCAAGAGACAGAAAUAUUAUAAAGAGACGCAGACCCAAGCAGACGGAGUAGAAGAGGAGAUAAGGCUUGCAGCGGGACAGUGGAGACAGACCUUGCUAACACUAACUGGGAGGAAGAUAGUGUUAGCUGGGCAGGAAAGGAUUCACAGAAAUAGGAAAGGACCCAGGGCUUGUGUAGCAGAGAGGAAGAGAAGGAAUAGCUGUUAAAGAGACUGAAGGAAACUAAUGGGAUGGCAUUGAUCUCUGGGAGCUGCCGACUCUUGGUCCAGAUGGCGUCUUGUUGCUGCAGACCGUUCCUCAACUCCUCCUGUUGUCGACCGCUCAUCAAAGUCUGCCUCUCCUCCUUCACAGACAUCUCUCCUGCUGAGCUGGAUGCUCUGUGGAGGGAACCACCAUAUACUCUUGGGGGAACAAAUGAGCUCUUUACGGGAGAUGACAUCAUGACUCAAGGUGAGGAGGAGGACGGUGCAGUGGGGGAGUCGGGUGAUGGAGGGGUGGAGCAUGACAACUACUGGAAGAAGAAGGAAGCGUUCCUUAGAGGAAGUAUGGUCUCAGUAGGAGAUAAAUUCUCUGCAGAAAUUGUGCUGUUGUUUACUGGGCGGAGGCGCUCCAGCAAGGAUCCUGACCGGGCCCUACAGGAGGCACUGCGCACACGACUCCGAGUGGUGGAGAGCAACAGCAAAGAUGUUAUUCAGCUCUUUAAAGACCUCUCUGCACGUCUAGUCUCUGUCCACGCUGAGAGAGAUAGCUUUGUUCUCACAUUCAAGACAGUGGAGGAGAUCUGGAAAUUUUCAACCUACCUGUCAUUAGGCUAUGUGGCUCGUUGCUUGGAGAACUUCCUGUGUGAUCAGUCGAUCUGGUUGGAUCCAGAGCUGCUCAGUGAUUUGGAAAUCAAUGUCAAGGUAGAUGAGGAACAUCUAGCCACUCUCUACCUGGGACUUGUACUCCAAGAGGGAUCCUUCUUUGCUAAGGCUCUGUUCACUAGAGGUGAGCGGGAGGAGGAAGAUGAAGAGCAGCUCUCCUUCAAAAAGAAUGAUCUGCUGAUGGUGAGGGACACGGGGCAGGACAACAUGUGGGAGGGUACCAUGCUCUCCACGGGGAACCACGGCCUGGUCCCGGUCAGCAGCAUGCAGCCACUGCCAUACCCCUUCUAUCAGUGGUUCCUGAGGAAGUAUCCAGGCCAUGCUGAAUGUUCACCAAUAGAAAAGGAACAGUUUGAACAUCCUAUUGUGAUGGGCUCUUGUGUAGCAGUUGUUGACUACGGCCCAGCAGGUCCAGAUGAGCUCCAGCUGAGUCAAGGGGACAUUGUGGAGAUCCAGGGUCUGCUGCUCCGAGGCCUGGGUGUUUUUAUAGGAAGACACACUUCCACAGGACGAAUUGGCUUUGUACAGAAGACCCAUGUCAAGCCUCUGAAUACCAUACCACUAGACGGACAAUUAGUCUUUCUCACCGACGAGGAGAAGGCCAGCCUGGCUCAGGUUAACCCAUGCAGCUCUGAGCCAAGUGACACUAGUCUGCUGGAAAGACUCUUCUCAUCUGACAUCAGCUCUGUAUACAGGCUAGACAGACUGGAUGAGACUGAUUUCAUGUACAUCCGAAAUCGGCCAAAACACGAUCAUAAGGGUCUUACAAGCGCUCGUCACAGUGUCAUGUCAGAAAGAAGUGGAGGGACACCGCCAUACCAGUCCUCCCCUUGCACAUCUGUGUCUCACUCCUCUCCUCGUGUGUCCUUCUAUCAGUCUCACAAUCCUCUGCCACGAGAGGGAGAGCGCUUUUCCUUCACUCUUGAUGACACUUUCAGGGAACUGGAUGAGUUCCAGGAGGAUCCUCCGCUCUAUUUGGAAGAAAACAGUUGGGAUGGGGAGGAGUCUGAGCUCAGCGACCCUACGCUGAUUCUGCUCAACCACGAACACUUUCAGGAGGACUUCCUUCCCCUCUACGACCUGCAGUAUUCCUUCUUGUGGGUGACUUUCAGCGGUAAGACUGAGGAAGAGCUGUCGGGACAACUUGAGAGUGUGAGAGAGUGCGCCAAGAGGAUGGGCAAGCACUGGGCACAUCGACGUGCAUGCUUUGUCCUGGGCCGACUGUGUGCCAGGAAACUGAAGUUCUCCCAGGCACGUGUGUACUAUGAGGAGGCUCUGAGUGUUUGUGUUGAUGGGUUCUCUGAUACGCCGCUGCUUGUGGCUCUCCUCACAAACCUCACUGCCAUCUACCUGAAGCAGCGUAUGAUGGAUAAACUGCCCCAGACUCUGGAAAAGGCCAGUGCCUUGCUGCUCUGCCUUCCCAAUCACACCUUCACAUCCACAGAUGAAGUUGAGUUGUUGAAGCUCCUCCUGAGGAGAUCAGUGGUAUUGGGGGACAAACGCUUGGAGGCUCGUGUCUGCUACCUCAUCUCCAGCCUCUACCUGCUCCUCAGGAAAACUGAUGAAGCACUUCCCUUUGUAGAGAGACUCCAGUUCCUCUCAGUCACUCUAUCUGCUGCAGAGAGUGGACUUAUAGCACCUUUGGACCUUAACUGGCUCUUGAGCUGGCUCUAUCAUCGUAAAUACAUGCCUUACUUAGCACUGGCCUCUCUGAGCCUGGACUCUAGACAAGACCACUCACUCCACGAUGCCUUCCAGAGAAUUGAGCUGUUUAUCAAGAACACUGUCCGUUUGAACCCAUGCUGGAAAGAAGGAACCUCCCUUCUUCAUGCCCAGAUUGUUGUUUAUCUGCAGCAGGCCCUGGCUAUAGCUGAGAAGGGAGAUGAUAUAAAAACUCAGAGAGAUCUGUGUUUGGGCCUGGCCUCAAUUUACCAGCAGUAUGGUGCACUCGAUAAAGCAGUGCGCUGUGCUCAACAAGCUGUGGAGACAGGACACAUCAAUGAGGAGGAUGGCUUUGAGGCUUCUGUGCUGCUCGGAUGGCUGCUGGUGUUGACAGACCAGGCUGAAAAGGCCCAGAAUGUCCUAGAACCACUGCUAACAUCACUGCAGAGCACAGACAGUCCGACUCAGCGAGGUGUGAUCCAUAACCUUUUAGCUUUGUGUCUGAGGCAUCAGUGUCGUGUCAGAGAGGCAGGCAGACACUUCUAUUCUGCAUUGGUAAUAUCCAGAGAAAGUGGAAACCAGAGGAAUCAGGCUCUAGCACUGGCCAACUUAGGCUGUCUGGCACUUGAUGCCGGGGCAUCUUCUGUUGCAGAACGCUUCCUGGUCAGAUCGUUGUGUCUUUUUCUGGAGCUCUGGGAGAGCCCAACAGAUGAGGAGCAUGUUCAGACCUACCUCUGGCUGGGACGGAGCUAUAAAGACAGGGGAAGGAGUCAGGAGAUCAGGGCAUGUUACGAAAUGGGGCUACUAAUUGCACUACAUGCCAGAAACUUGCACAGCCAGAUGGUGGUAGCCAAGGUGCUGAGCCGACUGUACGCUGACAUGCUGCUAUAUGGUCAGAGCAUUGUUUACUACGAGCACUGUGUGUCAGUAUCAAGAGAACUGAAGGACAAAAGACUGGAGGGAGAGUAUCUUGAAAUCCUUUCCAGCCUCUACCUCUCACUCAACACAGAAAAAUCAUCUCGUAAGUCUCUUGACUACACCAAGCAGAGCCUGAGGAUCUCCAUUGAUCUGGGCAAGAGAGAAGAAGAGUCAGAGACCUGGCUACAGGUGGGACGCAUUUACUACCUCAUCCAAGAGGAUGAGCUGGCUGACAUGUACCUGCAGGCAGCAGUGAAGACCGCCCUGAGGAUGAAUGACCCGCACUUUGCGAUGAGCAUCUAUGAGGAGGCAGGAGAUGUUUACUUCAAAGGUCACAGGAACCGGAUGGCUUCACUACCUUUCUACAGAGAUGGCAGCUUACCAUUUGCACGAAGCAUCAGAGAUAUCCAUUCAGAGUUCCGCUUGUUGAGUAAACUAACAGAGCUGUUGAUGAACCAAGGAGAGCAGGAGGAAGCUCUGCAGUAUGCAACACUGGCUGUUCAGAUAGCAAGUAAAACUGGAGUCCAUGUUAAUGAGAGGACAGCCUACCACAGGUUGGCUACAGUUUACUACAGCAUGCAGCAGUAUGAAAUGGCAGAAAACUACUACCUGAAGUCCCUUUCGCUAUGUCCGCCUGUCCUGCAGCACCCCACAGAGGCACGUUACUACACUAAAGUUUACUGCAGACUGGGAAACAUUACUCUGCACAAGCUCAAGGAUGCUUUUGAUGCAGUGGGCUACUUCCAGCUGGCUCUGGCAGCUGCUCUCGAGGACCAAGCUAACCCGGAGGCUCUGUAUGUGGUGUACAUGAAGUUGGCUGAGAUCCAUGGCAGCCACAUGCCCGAUUCUUAUUUGUGUCAAGUUUACAGAGACAGAGCCCAGAGUCUGAAGAGAGUUUUGGCUGGCAUGGAAAGCCCUGCUGCUGGAGAGGAAAAUGUGGAUGCAGACAGAGAUCCUGGCCAACAGAAGAAGGAAGAAAGCCCCAAUGCUGAUGUGGAAUAUAAAGAAAGUUUUGUGGAGAGAAACUGUACUUUUGAAUCUAUACCCGAGGACAGGAGAUUUGAAGAUAACUCAGGUUCAAGAACUCAUGUGAUCCACUCAGACUUAGAUAAGGGAUGUGCAGACAUGAGUCUUACAGAUGCUUAUGUGCAAAAAGGUCACAGUCACUUCCUUCCCGACACAUGCAGUCCUUCCGUAGAUGUGUCUGGCUCUGAGACAGACACCAUUGCCAGUCAGUCAUAUACUGACAGCAUUUUAAGUGAGUCUUUUGACACAGCUAAAGAGCACAUCUCAGACUCCAGCAGCUCCUCUGACACUUAUCAGAAUCCAGCAGAUGGGAAAGACUCUGAGUUUGACUCUGACCACAGCAUGCCCAGUCAAAUACCUGUUGAUCAUGCCAGUGACUUCACAGGGCACACAGAUGUCAGAGAUACUGAUUCUGAUGUUCAAGAUGAACAACACACUCCCACUAAAGAGACAGAUGCUCUAGUAGAUUUCAUUCAGAAAGAGUCUGAGAGUGACCAGAAGGAAACUGAGAGCAUAAACAGUGAGGAUAAUGCUUGCAACUGCACACUGGAAAAUAAAUCAGAGGCUUGUGACACACACAGUAAGCACACGGAUGUUAACACAUAAUAUCCCAGUGGCACUUCAUGUUUUUCACAGUAAUUUCCUUUCAUCUGGUCACAUGUCGGUUGCCCAGCAAACUGAUUGAAACGUUCCAGCCACACGGCACUUUUUAUGCAACAUGAGAUGUUGAUACUGUAAAUUUAAGCAUGUGCCUUUCCUUUAAUGUAUACUGUGGGUAUUAAAUUGCAUUUGCUUGUAAUAUAUGUUUUUUACAUUGUUGUAUCUCAUGUGGACGAUACAAAUAUAUAUAUAUAA